AUGAGUGAGUUUUGGUUGUGUUUCAACUGCUGUAUUGCAGAACAGCCUCAGCCUAAAAGACGACGGCGAAUUGACCGAAGCAUGAUUGGGGAGCCAACAAACUUUGUUCACACAGCUCAUGUAGGAUCAGGGGACCUAUUCAGUGGAAUGAAUUCGGUGAGCUCCAUUCAAAACCAAAUGCAAUCCAAGGGAGGCUAUGGAGGUGGCAUGUCUGCAAAUGUUCAGAUGCAGCUUGUGGAUACAAAGGCAGGAUAACCUUGGAGAAACCUGUCCAGUUUAUGUGAGUUCCAGUAUCUUCUUUCCUGUGUCCCCUCUUUUGCCUUGGUGACUGCUUUCUGUGCUCAUGAUGAGAGAAGUGAUGGCUCAUUGUUCACCCUUUGUGACUACUCCAGUGAAAAGUUGCUGUUCAGCUCUGAUGAUGCCAUUUAUCAGAUUGGUCCGACCGUGCCUUUCAGUGGCAUGCACACGUUGGCCUCUACCAGUAUCAUGGACAUAGAGUUGUUUAGGGUUUUUAGCUUUUUGUUUGUUUUAAGGCAAAUUAAAGCACCAACCAUAGCUUUCCUAAUCCCUCACAAAUACUAAUGUGCAACAUUGUUGCUUUUUAGUCUUUAAAUCUUUUCUCCACUCAAGUAAUUUAGAAAUGAGUGAAUUUCCAUUAAUGUCUUCAAUCAUCUAUUGUUCAUACCCAUUUUUGAAAGGUCUGGGACCUGCAAGCACAAAUGAUUAUUUCAUUCAAAAUCAGCAGAGUAGAUGACUGCAUGCUUUGUGAGGUUGCUUUGUAUGGUGGUCUGCUUGGUGCUAGAAGAAAAAAAAUAAUUGCUUCCUGCAGACUGGUGAUUUUUUGCUGUGGCACCAAGUCACGCCUGUUUCUGAAAAAGGACUUGUAACUUAGCUGCUUCAGAGUUAUGUCUUUAUUUUAGUUUUUAUCCAACUGGUCUUGAAAUAAUAAAGAGAGUGCUUGGGUUCAUGAGGCAUUUGUUGUAAAUGUUCAGUAUAUUUAUUUUGAAAGAGCUGACCUUGAGACUGUAAACCAGUGUAGUACCGUAUCUAAGUGUUGUGGAAGCGCUUUAGUCUAUUUAAAAAGAAAAGCAUCAUGUUUGGCUGCUGCUCUUUCUUUCUACAGUUUUUCU